AUGGUUCUGACUUCGCACAAGGCUCAGUACAAGUGCUGCCCCGAGCUCUGGCAGGCCGUGCAUGAGGUGCACAAUUUCGAGAGACCGAGCCCGGACGUGCUGAAAACUCUCGUCAACUCCUUCGGAAUCCAGCUAGAGAAAGCGAACGGCCUGUUCUGCUCCCCGCUCAUGGAGGCGCACUUCAAGUGGCAGAGCGCCAACAUAGUGCACAAGGUCAAAAGGAUGGAAUCCGUCUGCAGCCUCUGCUUGGAGGAGUUCGCGGAGGGCACCCCGAUGCGGUUGUGCCGCACCUGUGACUUCGAGGUGUGCCAUGGCUGCGUGGCCACCGGCAGCGACGGGGCCGGCAGCGACGGGGCUGGCGGCAGUGGUGCGAGCAGCGGCGCGGAGAGGCCCGCCAAAGUGCAGGCGGCGCCGGAGAGCGCACCCGCGCGUGGCACGGCGUGCCGGGCACAGUGGCAGCCGAGCAGCGCGUGGGGCGGUGAGGACAUAGUCGGCCCUGAUGGGGAGAUAUACGAGGUUUUCUAUCCGAAAGCCCACGAGGACGACGAGCUGGAAGGGCCCGACGGCAUGUCGACGCAAUUGCCAGGGUCUCCUCAGGACCUCGAGCUAGUGGAGGAGUUUGAGACCUGGCAGCCGGUCGUGGACUGGGUCUCCACAGAGGCAGAGGUCAGAAUCGCCGCCAUGGUCGAGCACAUGUCCAGACAGGCCGUCUCCAGCUACCCGGCCCGCCACGCUCUCUUCGAGACCGUGAAGGCGGCGACCGAGGAGGCUCUGGGGGAUCAUUUUGACAGCUUUGCGCUGGUUGGCAGCACGGCCAUGAGGAUCGACACGCCUGACUCUGACUUAGACGCCGUGGCGUUCACAAAGGACGCCGCAGGGUCGCCUGAGCCCAGGGACGCUCUGAGGCUCGUCGCGGAGAGGCUGGAGGAGCGUGAGGGGGGGCAGCUUGGCCUGCAGCUGGUGCCCUGCGCGCGCGUGCCCGUGCUGACCGUGCUGUCGGCCGACGGUACCCAGUCCUUGGACCUGACAGUAAACGAGACGGUCGGACUGUGGCACGUCUGGCGCCCCAAACGGGGACCGCGACGCUGGUGGCCAGCGCGGAGGUCAAGAACGCCACCCCCUGGUUGGAGCGCGCCAGCUUGGAGGCCGAGGAGUGGUCGAUCGACUCUGCCCCCGCGGACAAGAAGUUCGCCAACCGACUCGCUGGUGCGCCGCAGGUUGCGGCCAGGCGAGUGCAGCAGGCGCUGGGGGCUCUCGGGGCGGGCCCGAGGACCUGGGAGCGGUUCGCGGUCGUGGGCGCGCAGAGCCACCGCCAGGAGCUGCGCGCGGCGGAGGAGAAGUCGCCGCAGCAGAUCCAGAGGGAGCUCGCACUCAAGCGGGCCAAGCGCGCUUUUGAGGAGCGAUUUCCAGAGCGCCGUUUCUUCGCCAAGAACGCUCGGGGCGAGCUGUCGUCGCAGUGGACCCCGCUCUGCCAGAUCACACCGCUCGAGGACGGGCCUGCCAAGAUGCAGCAAUACCUCUGCGCCUUCGCCAAGCUCGAUUUGGACAGAGCGGAGGUGGAGCCGCUGGUCAAGCAAGCCGUCGCCGGCAGGGAAACGACACCUGCGUGGAGUUUUUAAGCGCGGCCCUGCAGUUCUGGACGCCCUACGUUGGGGGACCCUCUCGCCCGCGCUAGGCUCGUGGAGCGCUCGGUCUCCUUGCCAUCGCGGUCUCCGUCUUAGAUCUCACGAGCUUCGAUGCUUGACUGACCUGUCGGUGCCUGGCCCACUCGCGGGAGUGCAAGACGCGAGGCGGCUUGCACGUGAGCUUCGCGAUUUACUCGAUCACCUCCACAGGCGGUAUGAGGCGACCUCUCAUUUCUGCCCGGUCUCCGACGCGGAUGGGGGGCCAGCGCCGGGUUUCGACGGGCGCGGGCCAGCAGAAGGCAUUGGUUCGCAGCGACGAGCGAGAGGAGGAGUUACCCGCAAAGGUUUCGCCCUAUGCCGCCGGCCUCCUGUCUCGGGCAUUGGGACAUGCAAAAGCUAA